CUGACAUGUAUGCUGUGUUAAUCUGAGAGCUGCUGCUGCUCACUGAGGAGGACAGCUCGCUCAUGGAGUGACACACUUCAGUUUCCCAGCAUGCAGCAGGAGCUGUGGCUCAGGGCCAAAUCUCAGGUGAUCGCCUCCCUGAAAGCAGUGUGUGCAAUGAGGGCAGCAGCCUUGCACCCGCUCCCUCCACCACCGUAUGAACACGAGCUGAAGAACGCUCUGUCCUCCAGUGAUGGCAGCUCACUGAGACCAACACACCUCAGGACACGGAUGACAAAUGGCACGUUUAUCAACAGUCAUGGGUUUCCACAUGGCCAUAACAGAGAACAUGCAGAUAAACAAAAUACUGGUGAGAGUCCAAGGAAUCUAAACAACCCAGUGAAGGUCUCGAGGAGCCAUCAGGAGCUGCACAGAGAGCUGCUAAUGGCCCACAGGAAGUAA